AAAACCGUCAAACUGCUAAAGAAAAUAUUCAUAUAAGACGCCCUUCUCUUCUGGGUUACAAAAAGAUUUGAUCUUGCAUUCCAUUUUCGCUAGCUGUUUCGCACUCUGUUAGUCACCAUUUCCUAGAAGAUUCAGCCUCCUCGCAGCCAGUACUACCAUUGAAGUAUUCGAAGACCAGAGCCUUCGUAGUUUUCAAGAUUACGGCCUCUCUUUUUUCCAACAACUUUUAGUCAAGUAUGAACAUGCCGGCUAGCAUAGUCAGUGAAAGCAAAAAGUUGGCUUCUCAAGUAGCCGCCAGCUUAGCGCAGAGCAUUUUGAAAGAGCGGGAUAAGGUUGUUGUCAGAACUGGAGGCAACAGCAGUGAGAAAAAGCAUGGGCUUGUGGGAGAAAUCGCCCAAUCCGCGGCAGCAGGUAUUGGCACUGUCUCAGAGGCCUUACAUCACAGAAAGGAGAAGAAAUCUGGGGCCCUGAUUUCAGUCAAAUCGUCAACUCAGUCAGGCAGUGUGGACAACACGGAAUCUGGACCGACACAACUUGGCGAAGGGGCGGCAAAAGCCAAUGCAAUCGACCAUGAAGCAUCAGGCUCCAUGUCAACUUCCCAACCUGCUGAAGAAACAGAAAGUCUUGCCUUCGCCUUCAUCAAGCGACACCCUUUGACAGUUUCUGAAAGUUAUGAGUGCAGGCAGAGACUCGCACUGCCAGUGCUUGUACCACAGAGACGGCCCGAGAAGAGAGCUCGGGGUUUCAUACGGGCUUACGCACCAAUUUUAGUCAACGUCGGCAUUGAUCAAGACAUAUUCCUCGAUUUCAUCGAUACGUUCAACAAGUCAUUGAAGCCCAACCCAUGGAUCAGCGCUGUCAAUUUAGCGGGGUUCGCAGGAGAAGCACUGCCCGACCCUGCAUCGCUGCUUUUUGGAUUCGCCGUUGAAAUUGCUACCGAAGCUAUCAUGGAGGGUCAAAGUCUAAUAUGCUCUAAUAAGUUCUUGGACUGUGUUAAUGCAGAGUUCUUCAUCCCGCGAGGACUGAUCUGCCUUGUCGUCACAUGGCAGCCUGACAACGACCGUGGUCGACUAGCAACCAACGUUUCAGUGAAAAUAGACGUGCCUGAGACCAAGCUGGACUUGCUACAGGGGGUAUCAGACGUCGCGGCAGGGAGAAUAAAGUCUUCAGAGGGGUUGCAAGAGAUGAAGACACAAGUGGGCGACUUGAUGAAGCCUACCCGUGGCGAUUUCAGCUGGCCCGAGCCAGCGCCGCUCAUCUUUCCGAAUUUCAAACGCAACACCAAGAGAGCCGAUGUUAAAGUCGAAGAGAAGAACGCCUGGGACAGAAUGGAAAAUUGGAUCAACGACCAUUUGGACAAGCGCGCUCAAGCCAGCUGGAUCAACGAGAAUAAGGAUCGGCCAGCGGUUAGCUUGAUGCCGGAGCAUAAUUUCAAGUCACGAUACGCUGAUCCAAAUCGUCAAGCAUCUAGCGGUGAUCUUGUGUCUUUGGUUACAGCAGGUCGUUGGAGACUUGCUUCAGAUGGAAAAGCAGAAUCCAGCAAAAAGCUAAAGAAGACGGCUAAUGAGGUCUGCAUUAAAGAGAAGGAUGACAAGAAGAGGAAAAAGAAGGACCAAAAGGAGAAGACGAAAGAAGGCCAAGAGAGAAACAUUCUAGAAGCAGAGGAAGAGUACAAGGUCGAUGGCGAGACAAGGCAGGCAGCAGACUGUCAGCAGAGGAACUUGGAGACCAUUGAUCUGAGAAGUCACAAAGAAGAAGGGGGCGCAAAUGAUAUUGGGAAAGUCGAUGAAACGAAUAUGAAAGACAAACAUGUGAAUGACGAGGUUGGAGAUGAUCAGGCAAUUGGUGGCGGGGCUUUUGGCCCCGCCAAAGAGGCGAAGAAGAAAGCAGGUUCUUCAAGCAAGUCUAGUGAUGUCUUCAAGGGUCUGUUCCAAAAGGACGUACUCUAUAUGGCCAUACUUGAAGUGCCACCCCAGAAAAGAUCGACUGAGGACUUGCUCUGUUAGUCUUAGCAAGGCAUUUCGAGCAAACCAACAGAAACCUCAAACUUUAGCGUUUCGAAUGGAGGGCAGAGAUGAGAUGGUCUGAUUGACCUUUUGAUUGCGCGCGCGAAUACUAGGCGCUGGCGGCUUCAGACCCUGUCAUCCGGUUCGAUAUUCCUACCAACAGUCACUUCCAUGCCGAACCGUUUUUGGGGCUGGCCUCGAUGUGGCCGGCGCAUCUGAAUGGAGGCCGUUCGUGAUUGGGAGACAGGAUUCAUUUGCUCCACACAGAUGCAUUUCAUGAGUUGGAGGUUGGAACCAACAGCCAUGUGAGACAUCUUGGGUCUGGCGGCUAAAGACAAUCGGAUUUAUCGUUGUCGGUAUGCAGAAAUUGACAUCGCCUGAACAUCUCAACGGCCAGGUGGACUAAUAUAAAUGGGCUCUAAAGGGCGUGCCUUCCUAUGUUAUUGCGCAAUAAGUGAUAAAUACAUCAUCUCGUUAUUGCCACACUCUGAC